GUCGCGCAUGCGUCGUGAGCCGCUGCGAGACACUGAAGCUGUAGUGAGCGCUCCUGCCCCUCUUGCGCCCGCCUUCGGCACUGCCUCCCUGCUAACCGAUCCUUAAAAUAACGCGAUCUUACUCUGCUUGAGACAGGCACCUCUCUGUACCCAAAGCCCAGACGUUUCCCUCCAGGCCCUGUCAGCUCUUGCCUCUUUUGGAAACACACAGCCCGCGACACUCUUGAGACCCUCACGCCCCAAGCUCCCCCUAUAGAUCAUCCCGACCUCCCCCAGACCCUCCUGGCCUGCGCGCCUCCCUUUUAGCCCGCCCUUGACACGUUAGAGCCAGCGCCCUGUAGCACGCUCAGGUCGCCCCUCGCAGCCCUUCUACGAGGCCUCUGGGCCUUCCCAGCCCCGCCCCUCUGAGGGCACCCCGGCCCUUCAGUGCUCGGCCUCUGUCACGACCUGAGUCCCUCCCUGGCCGCUGUCCUCGGCUCUCAUUGGGUUCUUAUCUCCCCAGUAACCAGACCACAACAGUGAGCUUGGAGGAGGACCAAGGACAGGUCAGGCACUGCAGCAGGAGCCUCACCCUUCUUGGCCAAGAUGCCUUUGGGACUGUCAGCCGGGAGCGUCCGCUCCGAGGGGGGAAGUGAGAUUUUCUUGGAAGGACUGGAUUGGGAGCUGAGCAGACUGCAGCGACAGUAUAAGCUGAUGGAGGGAGAAAGGCAAACCUAUGGCAAAGAAGUCCACCAGCGCAUCAACAAGCAACUUGAGGAGAUCCAGCACUUGGAGGAGGUUCGGGCCAAGCUCCAUGUGCAGAUCGGUAUUGCCCAGAGCCAGAGCAAGAGACUUCAGGACAGUGAACGGCUGGAGACCAUGGACUGCCUAAUGAAGUGCCGGGGCCGGGUGCAGGGUGAGGUCGAGGAGCUGCGGGAGCAGAUCAGAUCCCUGGACAGACAGAUCCGGGAGUGGGAGAACCGGAUUUUUGCCUACAGUAAGGAAGUUAAGGCCCUGGGAUUUGCCCUGGAUCAGAAGUUCAAGAUACGGCGAAGGAUCAAGAUCCUAGAAGACCAGUUGGACAGGGUCACCUGUCAAUUUGAUAUUCAGCUGGUGCAGAAUGCUGCCCUGCGGGAGGAGCUGGAUCUGCUGCGGAUUGAGAGGAACCGCUAUCUGAAUGUGGACCACAAGAUGAAGAAGGAGAUCCGCCACCUGCAGCAGAUGGUCAGCGACCUCAUUGUUUCCUCCACCUCUGCCUACACUGUCAGGGAGGAGGCGAAGGCCAAGAUGGGCCUGCUUCGGGAACGCACUGAGAAGGAGGUGGCCCAGAAUGAGACGGAAAUGCAGGUCUUGCAGCGGCAGAUAGCACACUUGGAGCAGCUGCAUCGCUUCCUCAAGCUCAAGAACAAUGAUCGACAGCCAGAUCCUGCUGUCUUGGAGAAGCGAGAAAAACAUGCCCGGGAGAUGGCUGAAGGCCUCCGGAAGACCUCCCAGGAGAAACUCGUGCUGCGCUUCCAGGAUGCCCUGAACAAGCUGUCCCAGCUGACUGGGGAGAGCGACCCUGACAUGUUGGUGCAGAAGUACCUGGAGAUGGAGGAGCGCAACUUUGCUGAGUUCAACUUCAUCAACGAGCAGAACUCGGAGCUGGAGCACCUGCAGGAAGAGAUCAAGGAAGUGAGUGAGGCCCGCUCUUCCUACAUUCUCCCUCUUCCCUGUCUCCCCCUCUUCUCUGUGCCUCCCGUCCCCCUCCACUCCCUCACAGUUCUGCCCCCACUCUCCAUGCUGAGGGCCAGGCCCAGCAUUCAGCCCCUGUCCCCACAGUUGCAGAAGGCCCUGGUGGCUGCGCGCACCAAUGAGAGUAACUGCCAUUCACUGCAGCAGCAGCAACGCAAUGAGUUGCAGCAGCGCAUGGACAAAGUGUGCUUGGAGACUGAGCACCUCCAGGCCCGUGGCCAGGACUUGCGGGCUCAGGUGGAGAAGCUAAAGGCUGACAUCCAGCUUCUCUUCACCAAGGCCCACUGUGACAGCAGCAUCAUUGAUGACCUCCUUGGGGUCAAGGACCAUAUGCAAGAUCGGGACAUAGGCCUUUUCCUGGCCAUCAUUGAGAAGCGGCUGGUGGAAUUCCUGACGGUGCAGGCCUUCCUAGAUUCCCAGGGCUAUGUCUCCUUGGCUGAUGCUGCCCUCCUGGUUUUGGGCCAGAGCCUUGAGGAUCUUCCAAAGAAGAUGACUCCAUUUCCGCUCCCUGACAACCUAGAGGAUCCCCCAGGUUUUGAGGCCAAAGAUGACUAUCCUAUGAGCAAAGAGGAGCUGCUGAGCCAAGUGUUAAAGUUGAUGGCCCUCUCCGAGCAGGCCCCCGAGCUGAAUGAGGUUGCGAAGACAAACAAAGUUUUGAGUGCAGGCGUCUCCAGCACCCGGGGUACCACCUUAAGCACUGGUGCAGUCACAAGGGACCCCAGUGCUACCCGCGGGUCCAUCUUGAUCCAUAGGACUAACAAAGACCGUGGCACCAGCUCCACUGGCCGUGUCACUUUUGGCAUCCCUAGCUCCAGUACGGGCCAGUUGUCCAGCCGUGUCACUUUUGGUGACCCCAGCUCCAGUGCAGGCCCUGUGACCAUGGGCUCUACCAGUGCUAGUGGGGCACUGACAUCCAGCCGUGCUUCGAGUGGGGGCCGCGUGACCUUCGGACCCAUCAGCUCUAGCAGCUACCUGGGGUCCACUGGAUAUGUGGAUUCCAGCAGAGGUCUAGAAAGUGUUAGAAGUAGUAUAGAGAGCAGAGCCACGUCAGAAUUGAGUGGAGUCCGUGGGUCCAGCAGACACCGUGCCUCAAGUGCUGGCCCUGGCUCCAGCACUGGCCCUGGCUCCUCCACCAGCAAAGACUCCCGGUGCAACUAAUAGGGGCACCUAUCCCCACCUCCCCCUGGCUCCCUGAAGCAUCUUUUUUGUGUCUCUGUCUCCUAUUUGCUGUGUGACUUUCCUUCUUUGUCUCCUAGUUCCAGGUCUCUGUAUCUCUUUACCCCUCCAUCGGUUUCCAUUUGCCUUUUAUCUCCUCAUCUCUGCCACCUUGACAUGUCUGUUUUUGACCCUCCUUCCCCUUCUGUCUCCCAAUCUCCUGCUCUCUUAGUUUCCCUUUCAGUGCUUCUCUGUCCAGUCCCCAGUCUGCCUCUCCAGCUGUCUCUUUAGCCUUAACACCUCUGCUUAUCCCACCACCUUCUGCUUCUGGCUUCUUCUCUUCAUCUCUAUCUCUCAGAUUCUUCUUACAUCUUGUGCCCCUGUCUCCAUAGCUCCUCAUUCCUCACCCUUCCCAAGAUUCCUCUCCCCACUGAUGAGUGGGGAGAAAAUCAGGGCAAAGAUGUCAGGUUCAGCAUGAGCUGUGACCAUGGGAAAUAAAGGUGAGAGUCUGAUUUCUACCCCAGGCCGUUAACAAGUGUAUGUGUGAGAGAGCAAGCUUGAAACACAGCUCCUUCCUCUCCCUUCCUCCCAGGAGAAAACUUAUGACCCUGUCCAUAUUCCUUGCCAUUCUUUCUUUCAUUCUUCCACCUUUUUUGAGAACUCCACAUUUCAGGCUCUACAGGGAACUGGGAAAUAUAUCAGUCAGGAUAGGCUGGGUUAUGCUGCAGUAACAACAAACAAGCCCAGAAUCUCCAUGGCCUGGAUGCUGUAAACGUGUGUCUCCAUUGCGGGUCAGCUAAGAGCUCUGCUUCACAUCAUUCUUUGCCCCAGGCUGAAGGAACAGCCUUCAUCUGGAGUGUUGCCAGGUGGAAGAGGAAAAAUGGCAGAACAUGCAAUGACUCUUAAAGUUUUUACCUGGAUAUGACAUGUCACCUCCACUCACAUUAGAGCCAGAUGACUCACAUUAAUUAGCCAGGUGACUAUGCCUAAUUACUAAGGGGAGAGGGGAAGUGCAGUCUUCUCAUUGUGUGGAAGGAGAGAAAAGAAGGAUUAUUUGUGGACAGUCGUAAUGCCCACUGCAGGGUCACAAAGAUACAGCAAACCCAGACCCUGCAGUGGAGUGAGAUUAGAAUAUUAUGGAUAACUCUUUCCUGUAGUUGAGUCAUGCCAAGUACUCUGUUAAAAUAAAUCCAACUGGAUGGCGCCUGUGGCUCAAAGGAGUAGGGCACUAGUCCCAUAUGCCGGAGGUGGUGGGUUCGAACCCAGCUCCGGCCCCCUCAAAAAAACUGCAAAAAAAAAAAAAUAUAUAUAUAUAAUCCAACCAAAUCCAAAUUAAUUCAUCACUCACCUUCCUAAUUCAGGAAAGUAGUACUGUGAACCUCAUUCCUCUUCAAAUGGGGAAAUAACACAUAUUUAAGAGUAAACUGAAUUCAUAUAUGUAAAGCCUUAGAACAGUACCCAGCCUGCAGUAAAUCUUCAAAAAUACCUGUGAUUUUAACUAGGGUGACAACAAAAAUGAAAAUAAGUGGCCAGGUUAGGGUGCUCCUGCCUGUAAUUCCUAGCCCCCUGGGAGGCCAAGGUGGAUGGAUCACCUGAGCUCAAGUUUGAGACCAGCCUGAGCAAAAUGAGAAGCCCAUCUCUACUAAAAAUAGAAAAACUAGAUGGGUGUUGUGGCGGGCCCCUGUAGUCCCAGCUACUAGGGAGGCUGAGACAAGAGGAUGGCUUUAGCCCAAGAGUUUGAGGUUGCUGUGAGUUAUAACGCUACCAUAGCACUCAACCCCAGGGUGACUGAGGGAGACUCUUGUCUCAAAAAAAAAAAGAAGUGUCUUGUUUUCUCACAUGUUCAGAUAACUCAGCCUUACUCUCCUCUCAACUGACCCCAUAAUCCAGUGAAGUCUACCCAGUCAUCUGCUGGUAAAUAUUUAACAGCUGUAAAUACUCUCACCAUGGCUGCUUUCAGCCCACUGUGGGAACUGAAUGGGAAGGAAUGGGUAAGGUCCACUGCUUGGCCUGCCCUCAUCUUGUGCCCUGUCCCCCUUUACCCGCAUAGAAAACUGCCUCAGCAGACUGCAACACUUCCACCUUGCACUUUUAAAAACACUUUCCACAAUGGAAGUUGCCAUAAGUUUUUAGCAGCAAGAAGAUUCCAUUUACAAUGUACAAAGCUAAUGCCUCAACACUGCUAAACAUUAUUUCUUGCUUGUUUGGUGCAAGUACAAAAUUUGAACUUGAAAGGAAGGUGCCAGAGGGAUAAACCAAGAUGUGCUCUUGUUGACACCACAAACUCAGAAUAGACUGGGCAUAUGUUACCUCUGGCCCUAUCCAAAAGUACACAUGCAAAUUGGAACCACAGCCUUUCAGAACUUCCUCUCAAGAAGAAUGUCAUGAUUUUCCAGCUGCAGGAGGCCAGCCAGUACUUGACCUCCCUGGCUUUAUCCUAAAAAAAAAAAAAAAAAAGUAAACAUGGAGAUUAAGGCUGGGCAUAGCAGCUCACGCCUAUAACCUUAGCACUUGAGAGGCUCUAGGUGGGUGGUUGCUUGACCUCAAGAGUUUGAGACCAGCCUGACCAAGAGUGAGACCUUGUCUCUACUAAAAAUAGAAAAAUUAGCUGAGUGUGGUGGCUCACGCCGUAUUCCCAGCUACGCAGAGGCUGAGGCAGUAUUGCUUGAGCCUGAGAGUUUCGGGAUGCUGUGAGCCACAGUGAUGCUGCUGCACUCUAGUGUGGAGCAACAGAAUGAGACUGUCUUAAAAAUAUUAAAAAGAAUAGAGUAUAAUAGCAUCAUGUGGUACAAGGUGGUAUUUUUUAUUUUAUUGAUAUUUUUUGAGACAGAGUCUCACGUUCUUGCUGGGAUAGACUGCCCGGGUGUCACAGCUCACAGAAACCUCAAACUCUUGGGCUCAAGCAAUCCUCUUGCCUGAGCUUCCCAAGUAGGUGGGACUACAGGCACCCACCACAAUGCCCAACUAAUUUUACAGAAGUCUUGCUCUUGCUUAGGCUGGUCUGGAACUCCUUAGGUCAGCAACCCAUGUGCCUUGGCCUCCUAGAGUGCUAGGAUUACAGGCAUGAGCCACCCAGCCUGGCCUGUAGGUGGUAUUUUUAAAAUAAUUUUUCUUUUUAGUAGACAUAUAAUUGUAUAUAUUUAUGGGAAACAGUGUGAUGUUUUAGUACAUACACAGAUUGUGUCAUGCUCCAGUCAGGGUACUUAGCUUACCUGUCACCUCAAACGCUAGUCAUUUCUUUGUGGUGAGAACAUUCAGAAUGUCAUCCAGCUAUUUUGGAGUAUACAUUAUUGACUGUAGAAGGUGGUAUUGUUUUGUGAAACUGUUGGUAUGAAACGAUUUUUUACUGUGCAUCAUGGUCAGAAAAAUUUGGAAGCCGCUGGUAGACCGUUCCCAGGUUGGCACAUUGACUUGCAGACAACUACCCUUUUGUGCACGGGUGACCACCUACUUCCCUUUACGCUGCGGUUCUGCCUGGCUCCAAAACAAACGCUUCUGAGUAUCCGCGCGGCGUUCCCUUAGCGGGCCUCUGCCACCAGGUGGCGUCCGUGCCCCGCCAGGAGUGGGUUUUGCCGUCCUAGACUCCGACAGUCCACGUGGGUGAUUUUCCUUCUGGUGGAAUCCAGUUUAUUGGGACUAGAAGCCGUGACCUCAAAUAUAGUUCCCAGAGCAGAGCCCUAUUGGAGGGAUCAGGCUGUCUCUCCUAAGACAUCCAUUUAUCCCAGGCGACGCCCGUAGUUCAGUGGGUAGGAUGCCGGCCACAAACACCUAGGUUAGGUGGUUCGAACCCGGCCCUAGCCAGCUAAGACAACAAAGACAACUGCAACAAAAAAUAGCUGGGUGUUGUGGCGGGCGCCUGUAGUCCCAGCUACGUGUGAGGCUGAGGCAAGAGAAUCGCUUAAGCCUAGGAGUUUGAGGUUGCUGUGAGCUAAGACGCCACAGCCCUCUACCAAGGGCGACAUAGUGAGACUCCGUCUGAAAAAAAUAAAAAGAAAAAAGACAUUAGUGUUAAUUAAAUGUCUCCGUGUACCGCGAAGUCCUCGCCCCGGGGCCUACUUCCUGGUGGGAAGGACAGACAAGAACCAAAAUUCACAACCCAGUCAGUACAGGGAGGCUCCGGCCUGGGGCUUUAGAGAUGAGUUUCUGGCGCCCCACGCAGCGGUAGAAUCCUGCUCCGCCACCUGCUGGCUGUGUGAACUCUGGGCAGCUUUCUUAGCCUCCUAUGCCUUGAUUUUGCUGUAAUAUGGGAGUGAUAAUUGCAUCCACAAUCAUAGGGCUGUGUGAGCAGUGCACGAGUUAGCACUUACAGAGCAGUUACGUUUUUUAAACCAAUAGUUUAAAAUCCUCAAUUUACAGCUACCCGAACUGAGGAUGAAUUGGGGGUGGCGAUGGGGAAUUCCCAAAGUCACAAAUUUACCACUGCCCCCUACCCCACGAGUUAAGCCAGGGUCCAUUUCAUCUGUGUAGCGCUCUCUUGGGGGAGGAUCGGACCCAGCUCGUUUGCUGUCUGGGGCUGUCCUCUUCUAACAUUCUCCUGCAGCCAGAUUCUGGGAUAAAGCCACAGAUGACUGGGACACGCAGGCAGCAGGGGUCCAGGAGAAGGGGCAAAACUG